CAACAUCUCCCUCAUCAGUAUCAGGUCCUGCCUCCCGGUCAACUCACAAUGAAGUUCUCCAUCGGUGUCUCCCUGCUGGCCACCUUGGCCAGCGCCGUCAACGUUGACAUGGCCAAGCGCGACACGUCCCCUCUCGAUGUCAAGCUUGAGGCCGUUGGCAACUCCGGUGUCAAGGCCGUCCUCACCAACACCGGCGACUCCGACAUCAAGCUCUUCAAGACCGGUACCUUCCUCGACAGCGCCCCCGUCGAGAAGGUUGAGGUUUUCGCUGCCGGCAACAAGAUCGACUUUGACGGCGUCCGUCUCCAGAUCGCCACCUCGGGCCUGAGCGAGGACGCUUUCCAGAUCGUCGCCGCCGGCCAGAGCCUCGAGGUCGAGUUCGACGCCGCUGAGCUCCACGACCUCAGCAAGGGCGGCGCUGUUGACAUCGUCACCCAGGGCUCGUUCCUGUACGCCGACGCCGACUCCACCGAGAUCGCCGGCACCGUCCCCUUCUCCAGCAACAGCGUCCACACCGAGAUCAACGGCGACGAGGCCGCCUCCGCCCGCGCCGCUUUCCUGGCCAAGCGCACCAUUGUCCAGUCUGACUGCACCGGCACCCGCCGCACCGCGACUGUCAACGCCAUCAGCCGCUGCCGUUCUCUUGCUGUCGCUGCCUCCCAGGCCGCCGCCUCCGGCCCCGCCGCUCGCAUGACCGAGUACUUCAAGUCCUCGACCACGGCCACCCGCAACUCCGUUGCCACCGUCUUCCGCAACAUCGUCUCCGAGUGCGGCAGCACCACCUCCGGCGUCUCCCGCCAGUACUGCACUGACGUCUACGGCGCCUGCUCCGGCGGUGUCAUCGCCUACACCGUGCCGGCCCAGAACUACAUGGUCAACUGCCCCUACUUCUUCAACAACAUGGCCGCCGCCUCUUCGACCUGCCACGCCCAGGACCAGCAGACCACCAUCCUCCACGAGAUGACCCACCUUCGCCAGAUCAAGGGCACUUCCGACUACGGCGGAUACGGAUACAACUUUGUCCGCAGCCUGUCCGCGGCUCAGAACCUGAACCACGCCGACACCUACACCCUUUUCGCUCAAUCCAUCUACGCCGGUUGCUAAGCGACUCGCUGCUGUCGGUGACACGAGAUGCCUCCCGGGCUUCAAUAACGGUCGUAUAGAGAGGGAUGGAUUUUGCAAUUGUGGUUUUUGACUGGGUACGUGUUUCCUUGGGCGUUGCCCCUAAUGCGCGGGAAAUGUCUUGCCGGUCUUUACUAUAUUGGAUAAGUAUUCCAUCUAGUGCGGAUGUAGGGGUUACGAAUCACAUGAUCUUCUAAGCCAACAUGCUCUCGUGACAAGCAGUGUCCACCGA